AUGGUUGUAAGACGAGGCGGCCUAUUCUUGUCUCAGAUUGGGAGGAGACGACCCUUCCUUUUUGGCGUGGCUGUAUCAGCUGUGAAAACCUGCGCCUCGGACUUUUUUGCCCAGAAAGUGGUGGAGCAGCGUGAGCAGGUCGAUCUGCGCCGCAACUUUAUUUUCUUCAUGUGGGGCUUGCUUUACCUUGGAGGCGUGCAAUAUUUUGUCUAUGUGCACCUCUUCGCCCGGCGCUGGUUCCCGGACGCCAUGAGCUUCGCGGCCAAGAGCUGGCGAGAGAAGUUGGCCGAUCGCCAGGGACAGCGUACGGUGCUGAAGCAGGUGUUCUUGGAUCAGUUCGUGCAUCAUCCCUUCAUACUCUUCCCGGCCUUCUACCAGGUGAAGGAGUUCAUCGAGGGCGGCACAGCUUCUGAAGGUUGGCGAAAGUUUCGUCAGAAUCAAGUGGAAGAUCUCAAGCUCACCUGGUCUGUAUGGAUCCCUGUCUUUAUGCUGAACUUUUCCUUUAGUCCAAUUUGGAUGCGAGUGCCUGUUGUGGCCAUCGUUUCCUUCGGUGGUCCCAGCACAGUUUUUUGUUGCAAUGCUUGUUCGUUGAAAGAAAGAGAGAGAGAGAGAGGGAUAGACAGACCGACGGACGGACGGACAGACAGACAGACAGAGAGGGAGAGAUGGAGCGGGGAUGCUAGAAAGUUCAAGGUCGACGUCUGA